CCACUACGAUCCUCUCCAGCACCCCACGCCGUGUGCUUAUGUUGGAUAUUCCACUGCGGUUCCGUUAAAUCUGUUGAACGCGUCUUUCUCCGCGCGUCCAGAAACACGCCGGAUCGGUCUGAAGCGCGUCGGAACCCGUUUGCAGCCGCUGCCUUUGUGGAUUGGCUGUGGAUUGACUUAAUGCCUCCUUUAAAAGCCCUCUUCGGGGUUUUAAGUUCAAGAAAACACCCGGACCCUUCGCCUUCUCGUCUUUGACUCUCUCGGGAGAAUUAAAUGUUUAUUUGUUGGCACCGGUGGAGCGCGAGAUCUUGCCGGUUGCGGACGAUGUUCGGCGUUUUUGUAUAAAACACCUUGUCGGUAAAACUUUACCUCAGAAAACACAGUGGAUAACUUGUGCGUUUCCCCGAGAUUAUUUUGUGUAUUUUUUUACCUCAGAAAGUGAUGGCGGAGCGGGGGGCACGGCUGAUCGUUUUUUUCGCAAGUCUCAUCGUUCUCCGGUUCGGCGGUGCGGAUAAAGGUUCUGGCAUCCGAGGUUUUACCCCGUUCAGGUUUUCGGUCGAACCCGUCGACACACUGGCCGUACGCGGCCUCCCCGCUGUCCUGAACUGCUCGGCCGCUAGCGACGCUCCGGUGAGGGUGGAAUGGAAGAAGGACGGGACGUUCCUGAACCUGGUGGCAGACGACCGGAAGCGGCAGCUCGCGGACGGCUCAUUGCUCAUCAGUACGGUGGUCCACUCCAAACACAAUAAGCCUGAUGAGGGGGUGUACCAGUGCGUGGCCACCAUAGACAACCUGGGCACCAUCAGCAGCCGAACCGCUCGCCUCACAGUGGCAGGACUUCCUCGGUUCCUCAGUCAGCCGGAGGGUGUGUCGGUGCGCUCGGGCGGCUCUGAGAUGCUGAGCUGCGAGGUGACCGAAGAGCUCGUCCCGUUCACCCGCUGGGAGAGAGACGGUCGGCCCGUGGAGCUGGACACCAGGGUCAUACAGCUGCCCAGUGGAGCUCUGGUCAUCAGCAACGCCUCCCAGAGCGACGCCGGUCUCUACCACUGCACCAUCGACGGCCUGGGACCACCCAAAACCACAGAGGACGCAGAACUACAGGUGUCUGCAGAUUCUGGUGUUGAAGAAAAGCUGGAGACUCUCCAGGGCCCGGUUUCUGUGGUGAAGGUUAUCGGGGAGAGCGUGUUAUUACCGUGCGUCAUGAAGGGAUUCCCCGUGCCCGUGAUUCGCUGGACGUUUAACGACCGGCCGGUUGACGAGAGCCGUGAGCGUUUUGCUGUGAUUGGCGGGGGAAGCCUGCAGAUCGUCAACCUGACCGCAGAGGAUGCUGGGAUAUAUGCCUGCCAGACGGACAGCGGCAACAUGACCAGCGAGAUCCAGGCAGAGCUCACGGUGCACGUUCCCCCACGGUUCUUGACGAGACCCUCCAACACUUACGCCCAGGAGUCCAUGGACAUCAUCUUUGAGUGUGACGUCACCGGCUCGCCCCCGCCCACCGUCAAAUGGAUGAAGGAUGGAGACACGGUCAUUCCCAGCGAUUAUUUCAGGAUAGUGAAGCAGCAUGACCUGCAGGUUUUGGGUUUAGUAAAAUCAGAUGAAGGUUUUUAUCAAUGUUUAGCGGAGAAUGACGCCGGGAACGUCCAGGCAAGCGCUCAGCUGAUCAUACUGGAUUUAGGUAAACUCCCUCUCCAUAUAUUUGCAUUUCUGUGUGUGUUUAUGCAAAAAUACUCGUCUUAAAUGAAGAAACUUCAUUUAACGUGUGCAGGAUAGCUCAGUUCGGCUCCAGAGCCAAAUCCCUCAGAUCUCGAGUGUUUAUUCUAGUUCGGUGAUGGGCUAAAGACUUGCCAAGACUCACCGAUUGAUCUUUUGACAGGAAUUAAACACAGCUAUCAUUAUCACAGGAUGGGUCGUGGCAGUCCGUCAGUGAUGUUUUCUGGGGAUGAGUCCAAACGCU